GCGUGUCUGGGUCACAUGAGCCGCUCGGGCUCGGCCCCCCGCAGCCCCGGCCGCCCGUGUCCCCGCCGCCACCGCCACCACCGCCGCCUCGUCGGGCACAGCGCCGCCGCCUGCGCCCAGCGGCCCCGCCAUGGGGCUCCCCUCGCGCCUGCCCCCGCCCCCGGGCUAGGACGAUGCAGGAGCCCCGCGGGCACCAUGAGCCCCCUCCUGCUGGCCGCCCUGCUGCUGCUGCUGCAGCCGCUGCCCCCUGGAGCCCCGGCGCAGACAUCCAGCUCCCCACCCGAGGGGCCCCAGCACCAAGAGAAAGUGGUUCCCUGGCUGGAGGUGUUCAGCCGAGCCUCCUGCCAACCCCGGGAGGUGCUGGUGCCCUUGAGCGUGGAGUUCCCAGGCGAGGUUGCCCACAGGCUGGUGCCCAGCUGUGUGACCCUGCAGCGCUGUGGAGGCUGCUGCCCUGAUGAGGCUCUGGAAUGUGUACCUACUAGCCAGCGCCACGUCCGAAUGCAGACCAAAAAAGGCCACUUUUGUGAAGCCAACCAGCCUCAGGCCCCAAUGUCCCAGAUGUGCUCAGAGGCGACAGCGCCCCGAUCCUCGAACCUGCACCUGUCGCUGCAGACGCCGAAGCUUAUUGCGUUGCCAAGGGCGGGGCCUAGAAUUCAACCCAGAUACCUGCAGGUGCAAGAAGCUUCGAAGGUGACACAGUUUUUCCUGGAUCCUGAUGGGACGUCCCUGAGCCCAUGGUGGGAUGAGGGAGCCCUAGUGGGUCACAGCACCAGUGGCUACAUCUGGGGAGGAAGCUACUGCUGCCAAGGAGCCGCAGACCCCUUGGAGUGAUCUGUCCCCCUAAGCUGCUGUGUUGAAGGGGAGUUCACUGGUUUGGGGGAAAAGGGAAUCCACUCUCCUCUAUUUAAUGCCCUCCCUUGUCCAGACAAGGACCUUGUUGCAGAAUUCUCACUGCCUUCCCCUGCCACUUGACAAUGGGAUGAGGAAAGGUGGGGAGACCCCAAAGCCACCAAGAAUGUUUUUGGCUUUGGUACAUGGACUGUGUGACCCCCAGACCUCAUAAAAGAGAUGAAAAGA